ACACAAAGUUAUGUAUACGCUCACACACACAUGCAUGUACACACACAAAUACAAAAACCCGGACGCGCGCCACGCGGCGACACCGACGGUCGAACGCCAUCGCCACCGCCGCGACCUAUUGGACCGGUUCGCCUGGCAACGUUUCGUUAGGCACCUGUUGAGCGUGCCAGUCGCGCCGUUUUAUUUCAUUGUUGUAGUUUUGUUUUGUUGUGUUGUUUUUUUCUUUUCGUUUUCAUAUCGCUGCGGUUGUUAACGUUAUUCAGUUCUGAUAACAGCAGCUGCGCGCAUAGAUUGUAGUGAGAACGUCAUUCGCUAAUGGCUCGUAAGAUAAUGACGCGAACGUAACAUAAUAUAGUUUGCCAAUUGUAUCGCCGGCCGAGAGUCUCCCGUCCUCGCGAACCGUUCCCCCGUAACCCGUGCAAGCACGAUCGGGCAUGCUCGCGACUAACGCCAUCCGACGGUCUUGAGCCUCAAGCCAAACCGCGGUGUCCUUUGGUCGUCGGUUUAGUUUUCGAAAAACUAUGAUGCAGGCGGACAAGUAUGAAUCUUGAUGCCGAAAGCUCGCCAACAUGGAAGUUAUGGGGUGAAGAGAGAGAUGAAGGUGCAGUCUAUACAAUUUAUUUAAAAAAAGUGCGCUAUCAAAAUCCAACAAAAACAUUAUUAUUGGAAUCUGACGAUGAACGAUCUCAUUUGGAAUGGGAAACAGUUAGAGUUAAAUUCAUCAAAGCUGGAACUAUUGAAAAAUUAGUUAAUAGCUUAGCAUCAGAUGAUGGCGAGUUGGAAUCUACAUUUGUGAAUAUAUUCCUGGCCACAUAUAGAACUUUUGCAUCUCCCCAUCAUGUUCUGUCAUUAUUAAUUGAAAGAUAUGAAUACUUAGUUAACAAUAAAGAAGACUUAUCAGAGUCAAUGAUCGAUUCACAUAAAAAGACUGUUGUAUCUGCAUUGCAUGUUUGGCUGGACUCAUAUCCUGAAGAUUUUCGUGAUCCACCUUUACACACUUGUUUACGAUGUUUACAUUCCUUCACUUUUACAUAUUUGCCCAAAACUGAACUUCACAUUAAAGCAACCUAUAGACUUGAUAGAUUUCUUAAGGAAUGUAGACAAUUAGAUACUACUACCUAUAUAAGUGAUGAUUACGACGUAGUUAUUACCAAUUCUCCACAUUCUCUUUACAAUUUUCCCAACAUAGCAGAAAGACAUUUUGCUGAGCAGUUGACUCGAAUGGACCGUGAUGUACUAAAAGGAAUGGUUGCUCAUCAAUGCCUCGGUGCAGUUUGGUCCAAGAAUAAAAGAGCAGGAUCUGCACCCACAGUUCUUGCUACAAUUGAUCAAUUUAAUGCUGUAUCACUUAGAGUGAUAAGUACUGUGUUAUUAGCAAUAAAUUCUGACAGACCGCAUGUUAUUGAAACUUGGAUUGAUAUUGCUCAAGAAUUAAGAGUGCUAAAAAAUUUUUCUUCAUUAAAAGCAAUCAUAUCUGGUCUACAAUCUAAUUCGGUAUUUAGAUUAAAAAAAACUUGGCAUGCAGUUCCCAGAGACAAGGUGGAAUUAUUUCAAGAACUUGCACGAAUAUUUAGUGAAGAAAAUAACCAGUGGGCGCAACGUAAAUUGUUAAUUAGAGAAGGUACAGCCAAAUUUGCAGAUACAUUUGGACACAAUGAUAGGCAUUUGCAAAAAAUAAUUCAAAAACAGCAAAGUACAAUGAGUAAGUUAAACAUUGGAACUAUUCCAUACCUGGGAACAUUUUUAACUGAUUUGACUAUGAUUGAUGCUGCUACUCCUGAUGUUCUACCUGAUGGUCUAAUUAAUUUUGAUAAAAAACGAAAAGAGUUUGAAGUAUUAGCUCAAAUCAAACUUCUUCAAGGCGCAGCUAAUUCAUACAGUAUACCUGAAGAUACAGUAUUUGAUCAAUGGUUUCAUUCCAUCUUAGUUUUAGAUGAUAGAGAAGGGUUCAAAAUAUCUUGUCAGAUUGAACCCCCAGAUAAUAUACCAUCAUCGUGUGCUAACUCAAUAAUAGGAAUUGGAAAAAAACAAAAUUAUGAACACAAAAAAAAUGAUUCAAUUUCCAGUAAUUGUAGUAGUAAAAGUUACUAUGGUUUAUCGGAUGAUGGACUACAUUCACCAAAUAACUCUUUAGAUAAACAGGAUUCAUUAUUGGACUUGUCAUCUUCUUCCAGCAGCUAUUCGUUACAAUCAUUUGACAUGUCAUUAAAUGGAAGUAAUAAUACUAACCUCUUGCUUAAAAAUAAUGUUAAUAAUUCAACAUUCAACACUUCAUCUGAUUUUUAUAUUAUUCGAAUUACUGUUGAUGCUGAUAACGUUGAGACUGAUGGAAUAGUAUUAUACAAAAGUAUUAUGUUAAGUAACAAUGAACGAACACCACAAGUUAUAAGAAACGCGAUGUUAAAAUUUUGCAUUGAUGAUGAUCCAGAAAACUAUACUUUAUCUCAAGUCUUACCUGAUAAAGAAAUGGUUUUACCGAUGACAGCCAAUGUUUAUUAUGCAGUUAAUACAGAAUAUGAUUUAAACUUUUUACUACGUAAAAAAACAUGGAAAAACAACACAAUUGUAAAAAAAUAAUUAUUUUAACUUAAAUCUGAUCAGUGAUAUCAAGUUGAACACUAACUGUCAUUAAACGAACUGCAUUUAUGUAAAAAAAAAAAAAAAAAAAAAAAAA